AUGAGUAACUCAUCGUAUAAAAGUCAAGUGUUGCAGUACAAAAAUGUUCGUGGCGAGACACCGUUCUUGGUAGCAGCGGCUAAUGGAAGUUCGAAUGCGAUGCGCACAAUACUGACCUAUGGGGGCGAUAUCUUUGCUUUGGAUCAGCGAGGUAAUUCUGCAUUGCAUUUGUCAGCAUGCUCAGAUAAUUAUCGAGAUGCAUUGCGUGAACUGUUGGCAUGGUUAACCGACACUAAAUUCAUAAAUAUUGUCAACGAUGAGCGUAAGACACCGUUGCAUAUUGCAGCUGAGAAUUGUGCUGUGAAAUGUGUUCGUGAACUUUUGAAGGUUUGUUCUGAGUUUCAUUCAAUAUCAUAUGUCAUUCUCCUUCUACUCAUUUUCAUCGUUACUAAACGAUUAUCAAAAAUAAAGUUGUAA